UGACAUUUCUUUGGUCUAUACCAAAUAAGGCUUCAAUUACAUUUAUUUCCUACUCAUAGUUCAACGAGAAUCUAAUGCUAACUUCCGCUAUUGCUGUUACAGUCCUACUAUUUCAAUGACCUCCACUCUUAUAAUUAUUAAUAAGAUAUGCACGUUUUGGCAUAUUCAUAAAGUCAUGGAGGGCAGUGGAAAAUCUAAAACGAAUUGUAUACUUCAGCUUGGUGUAUUGCUGAAUUUAGCCCUGACAAUACUGUCUGUGGGGUAUUUGGCUUACAGAGUGCAUACUUUGGAUGAACGAAUCGUUCGAUGCGAACAAAUCAAGAAAACAGAGUCAGACGUUGAUGUACAUAAAAAUCGAUUGCCAAGAGCGGCUAACAAUGGCUCGAGAGAUCCAACGAGUGCUUGUACCAAAUGCAGAGAUAUCUGUACGCAAAUCUUCUCGUCUGGAUCAUCCAAGAAGUUAAAAUCGUCAAAAGGAACAAGUAAACAAGUUUGUGUCCGAGGUCCACCCGGAGCACCGGGUCCACAAGGCCCGAAGGGUCCCAGCGGACAUAGAGGAAGACGUGGUAGACGAGGGUUUCGUGGAUCUCCUGGAAUCCAAGGUCCGCCUGGAUUACCAGGUCCGCAGGGACCGAGGGGAGUGCCAGGAAGAACGCCCUCUGGAAAAGCUUCAUCGAUUAUCUAUUCCCUUGCUCUUCCAAAAAUAACCAAAAGACCUCCAUCUGUUCUUGUCACCAAAGAAGGCGAUAAUGUGGUCAUUCCGUCCAAAGCCUCUGGUUUUCCUAAACCUAAAAUCUCGUGGUACAAAGACAACAAGAAAGUAGACGACCGAUUCUAUGCAACUGGUGCUCUACGAAUAAGCAAUGUCAAGUUCGAAGACCAUGGGGUUUACUUAUUGAAAGCAAAGAAUUUCAUUGGUCAAGCAACUGCGAAAAUGAAACUUGUCGUAAAUGUUCCUCCACGAUUCGUUGUUCGGCCUCCAGUUUACGUUGCUGGUUAUGAAAACUGGAACACAACCAUGCAAUGCAUUAUAUUUGGGUUUCCUGCUCCGAGGAUCGAAUGGAAACGAGCAUUGCAAGCCAUGUCCAAAGAACGUCAUAUAAUAUCCGGUAACCGUCUUGUGAUUAAGAAUACAAGAAAAGAUGACAAGGGCCCUUACAUGUGCAAAGGAAUUAACGAUCAUGGCAACGUGUUUUCUAUGGUGGUGUUGACUGUACAUCCUGUCAUUGCUCCCGCCAUCGUAAAGUCGUCUGCAAAAAACGUGACCGUGUACAAAAUCUUGAGCCGUGUCAAAUUAAACUGUUCGGCUAAUGGAUCACCGCUGCCAAAGAUCGAGUGGAGCAAAGAUGGCCGACCUUUAUCUAUAAACACUACAGUUCGCCAGACCAAUAAAGAAACUAUAGGCGAGUUAGUCAUUGAUCCCUUCAUGCCAGAAGACCAAGGACAAUACAAAUGCUUUUUUAGAAACUACGAGAAUGGAACGGCCGAAACUACAAUACAAGUCUCCCUAAUGAGCUGUGGCGAUCCUGGAAAACUCCUGCAUGGCUUUUGCACUGGCAAUGAGUUCUGGGCUGGAAAUAUGGUAUUUUAUACUUGUGAUCCUGGUUACUACUUGGUGGGAGCAUCCAACCGACUUUGCCUGGAAAAUGGUGCAUGGAGCAACUCUAUUCCGUCAUGUCGUCGUCUUUGUCCAGAGAUGGUUCCUCCUGAGAAUGGAUACAUGGUAGGUGAUUUCCUGGCCAACAACUCUCUCACUUUCAAAUGUAAAGCCGGUUACUGGAUCCUUGGAACCAGUGAAUUCCUUUGCGAUUCCAACACAGGACACUGGAAAGAUUUGAAGGGAAAUUUUACCACUGAAAAACCGCAGUGUAAAAGACAUACAUUGCAUUCAAACAUCCUAAAAAAUCGAGAGGAUUACUACGAUUUGAUGAGAGAAUGGCUGGCUCCAGUGACCAACAUGCCAAUAAACUGGGUACCAUGCUAUCAAAGCAGAGUUCACGGAUGGUCAAGCAGCACUUUCCAUUCUUAUUGUGAUGGUAAAGGCCCGACUAUUACAAUCAUCAAAGUGGACAAAUACAUAUUUGGAGGCUAUACAGACGUCAGCUGGCAUUCCAUUGGAUCUUACAGUACAUCAGUCAACUCGUUCCUGUUUUCAUUCGUAAACAAAGAUAACGUCAAGCCAUUUAAAAUGAAAGUUUUCAGAUCGCAGUAUGCAAUUCGUGGAGUUAGCAGCUACGGACCAACCUUUGGGGGCGGCCAUGACAUAUAUAUUAGUGAUGAUGCUGCUAGCAAUACAAACUCCUAUGCGAACCUUGGAUAUAGCUAUUUUAGCUUUAUAAAGAUGAAAGGCUACAAAUAUGGAUCGACUACAGCUAAGACCUUUCUUGCAGGAUCGUAUCAGUUUCAGCCAGAUGAAGUCGAAGUGUUUUGGGAAGGUUCUGAAGAGCUUUAGGUGAAAGAAACUCUAAAAAACCAUAGGACUGUCGCUUUUAAAACAUGUGCAGAUGUGUGCAGUAAAUGUUUUGCAUGUCUGAUCAGUUGAAACUUCGCAUCUUUGCGAAAAUACCUCAGAAGGAAGAAUAAAAACUAUGGUUUGUUUGGCUUCAGUGUAUAUAGUUGGGCGUAGCUAUGAAUGAAUUGUAUUGUUUCAGGGAAUAGCUGCGCGCCGUCACUAAUCUUGGGCUCCCUGUGGAACGCGAUUAUAGUCUGAGCUGAAGAAAUUCAGUUCGUGUCACAGAGGCAGCGAAAUUCUUCAGUGGCCAGCAACAACCGCCCUGAAUCUCGAUUGUUCAGUGUUUGUCUCGGAAAGCUCCCUAAAUUGACUGUUUUUAAACAAUGUAUAAACUGCGAUUAUUGAUUGCUAGGAUUAAUUAUCAAAGGAAAGAAAGUUGAAGUGACAUUUCUACUAGAUAAUGUUCUUCCAUGAGUUCUUUUUACACGUUUGCUGCGUACGUAAAUGAUCUUCGACGCUCAAGUUUUAGCCUGGAUGCAUAUUAGCAUGUUCAGUCAAAAAGGUCAACGGGAAUAUAUAUAUUUUUUAAUUUCAGAUUAAGCUAACAAUGCGAUGAAUUUUAUAUUUGUCGAUUCGAUGAUCGGAUUCGAACUAAAUGUCCGGCUCAUAAUGGUAGCCAAAACUGAACUUAAACUCAUCUCUAAUGAUGAAAGCCAAAGUGCGCUUAUAGUCUCGUGGGGGAUUUCGAUGGCUAGCGUCCAGCGAAUGAUUUUUAGCGUAGCUAAGACCAAGUCUUAAUUAAGAGAU